AUGCCUAUUCCAGAGUGCGUUUGUUCAGUUGUGAAUUAAGCAUCGUUAUCAUCAUCACCAGAAGGUGACGAAGAAGAAGAAUAGAACCCCGGGAUGAGGCAACGCACGGCUGCUCCUACUUUCUCGUUAAUAAUUGGCAAAUGAGGCUUGCGACAAACGCCUCGACAAAUUACGUGCGAUACAAGCGGCCAUUAGUGUUCGCCAGGCAGCGUAAACCGGAGCCUAAAUCUACAAGGUACGCCUUACUUCGGUCACCUCAACUUCUUUCCCACCUUCGGCGUUAGCUCACAAGGGAAACAUGUCGGAGAAGACGAGUGCCGAUCAUACUGACAGUGAGCAAACGGACAAGCAAGACACAAUGUCUUCGUCUUCCGAUUCGGCGGCUUCGGGCACGGACCGCGAAGGGCACUUACCGGUGGGCGGAGAAAUCGCCGCCACGACCGCUGAGCUCAGUUCAAGUGUCAAAGCGGAGCCCGAGCAUCAUAGCUCGCAACACGUGGGCAGUGGAGCGUCCGACAUGUCUGCAGACUCCCUCGUACGCAAAUCCGGGCCGCCUUCGUCAAACCCAGUACAAUCGGAAGCGGCAGCCAUGGCCGCAGAACAAUCCGCACCGCUUUCGGACCACAAGUCGGAGGCGUGCCUAACUCCGGAGGCAGCGAACGCGGAGUACAGAUCCCUACUUCUCCAGUCUUCGCCGGUGAGACAGCAUCAAGAACACCGAAGUUCCAAGCCGUUCUCGACUCUCUCUCCUGUAUGGACGGAGAAUGACUGGCCUGACGGGCAGCAUAGCCCCCUGAGCCCCAAGACCCCGCGAAUAUCGUCGCAGAGGCCAGAAAACUUGAGCAUGCAGUGGAACAGCGUCACACCCCCGGACGUUGAUACUGCUUCGACUUCGACAAUGCAGUCAUUCGCCCGCGCGAGUCAACCCGGCAUACAGUCGCUGUCAAGGAAAACCGUUCUACAACAAGCGAUAGAGGAUAAUGACAUAGAGCCCAUACCUCCUGCGGGUCUCAACGUGUCAGCUGCGCCACAGUCUCGUGCGCAACAAAGUGACGCAGAUGAUAAGGCAUCUCAUGAACUGGAGGCUCCGGGCAGUCCCCGAUUAUUGGCGCCUUGGAGGGAGAUACCCCAGAAACUAGACAGAAAGCAUGGAGCACUAGAAGUCUUCAGAGACACGUCACCUUCAGCGAGCGGCAGUGCCUCUGCCAGCGAACUCUCCAGCCCUCGAAUAGGCUCGGCAGUGCAUUCACCCAAGCUGCGGUCGGUCGCGUCUGACACUAACCCUCGCAUCCCUUGGGUAACGCUCGCAGUGAUCUGGCUGCAAUUGCAGUCUCACUGGAAGUACCUACACAAGGACUACCCUGACCGCUGCGCAAGCGUCUGCACGAUCCUGCACGAGAACCGGUGGGAGAGGGUUCUCUUCGCCGCCUUCCAUCACGGUGACGUCAAGAACCUGGCCUUAAACUCUCUUUGCUUUUUCGCCAAGGGUGUCCUUCUUGAAGCUGGUCUAGGCACGGCCCACUUUGCCGCUCUAUUCUCGACUGCGGCCGUUCUGGUGGGACUCGUGAACACUUUCAUCCUGUUUUGCCUGUCCGAGUACACUAAGCUGUCCUCUUUCCAGACGGUGUGCUCUCAGACCUUCGUCGGGAUCAUUAUGACACUUGAAGCGCUUGCAAGCACGAAAUUUGGCAAGGUGAGAAUCCACUACGGCAAACGGAGGUUCCGGUUCAGGAGGAAGCCAUUCGCUGUGCUUGAGACGGUUGUUCUGCUGUCUUGCACGGAGAGUAACGUUUGCCCAAUUGUCAGUGGCAUUUUGGUGGGUGCCUUCCUCGCCCAUACGUCGCUGGGAAAUUUUAUUACGAGGAUUCGGAGACCCCGACGUAGCAUAUACCUAUGCGUUCUUCCCUACGCACCGGUUACGUUCCUAUUCGUCACUGCUGUCAUCGCAGCCUUCUUGUUAGGACCGUUUCCUGACACUGUAGCCCUGGCUGAGACUGGGCUGUCGUUUAGCGUUCCGGUAUGGCGUCCAAUGCUGCUCCCGACGCUCUACCAGCCCGAUGUUUGCUGGUUGGCGUACGCCGUUUUGUCCAUAUGGGACGUCGGCCAGAAGCUUGAGAAAGACCUUGGGCAUCUCAGCUUUCUGUUCCUGGCCGUGCUGUUGGUGAAUGCUCUGAACGUGCUACUGGACGGGUUGUGCGGCAUCCUCUGGCGCCAUCUGCUGGCAUUGGGAGCCAACCUGCCGACGCCCUUGCCACAUUCGAGCUCGUGCACGUGCACACUAGUCGCCGCCCUCAUGGCGCUGAAGGUCAUCCACCACGUGAUGCAUCCCGGCUGCGUCUAUCGCAUGGCGUCGGUGCCACUCUACGUGCCCUUCUGGACCGGCGUGCUGCUCGAACUUACGGUGCAGAACGUUGCGAGUGGUUCGGCCGCUUACGUCAUCGGCCCCGUCGCGGGCAUUAUCCUGGGCAUUGUAGUAGCAUACGCCUGGAUAGAUUGCCUUAGCAGAUUGACUGUCAGAUUAGCGGGCCUCUCGGACAUUGGCAUACUCCUACGUGGCACUUACCUGUCACCUGAAAACCUCCUACUGAGGCUGAGACGCUAACGCACUUCCUUUGUGCGCUACAGUGCGCAUAUCAUCCUGAAAUUAAAUACGAAGCAGUGACACAAUCGAAAGCCUCUUUCUACAGA